GUCUGCAUACAUCUCUCGCGAUCCAUCGGCCCGGGGUCAAUCUACUCGAGUUAAACUCGCUCAGUGCUGUGCGAGGCAUUUGGCUGGUACUAAUAACGGUGAGAUCAGCAGGAUCUGGCUAAUAUGGCUUUGAUGAACGGUCACAUGAUGCCCCAAUCUAUCCCACGUCAAGGUCUCAGAACACGAAACAGUUUUGCAUGGGCCAGGUUGGCUCCGAGUCUCGUCUUCGAGUACCGUAGUAGAGAGCGCUUAAUACCGAUGCGAUAUCCGUCCGUCUUCGAGUACCGUAGUAGAGAGCGCUUAAUACCGAUGCGAUAUCCGUCUCGUCAGCCGCCACAUCCCACUCACCAUGUAGACCAUCACAGGUCCGCCUCUCUCGAGCGUCCCACCUGGACAAUGCCAGCACACUUUUUUCGCUCCUAACCUGCCUCUGAAUCUCAUCCGCCCCGCAGCCCCGCCGCUUCGCCUCCCC